AUGCACGCCGAGCCGUCAAUCGGCCCGAGUACUAGCACAAUGGAUCAUCGGGUGCCGAUACCAGAAGGCCCGUUCGUCGGCUCGACGAAUCCCAAUUUUGACGAGUAUGACGAUGCUUCUUCAACAGCGACACCUCGAGAAGCGAACGGAGGUGAGCCAGGAUCUCCAUCAAUUGAAUAUUCGUCAUCAAGGCCUGGAGGAUUGUCGACGUUAUCUGGAGUCUUCGCCCCUGUAGCACUUAGCAUGUUCAGUAUUUUAUUAUUUAUGCGAAUGGGUUUCGUUGUUGGUCAAUUAGGAUUUCUCGUCACAAUUGUUCAGCUUUUAAUGGCAUAUGCAAUAGUCAUGCUAACCGUCCUUUCAUUAUGUGCAAUAUCUUCAAAUGGAGCUGUUGAAGGUGGCGGCGUUUAUUAUAUGAUUAGUCGAUCAUUAGGACCCGAAUUUGGAGGAGCCAUUGGAGUUUUGUUCUUCGUGGCAAACGUUUUCUCGUGUGCGCUGUACAUUUCUGGAUUUACCGAGGCGUUGCUCAAUAACCUUGGAAAUGGACAAUUCCCUGAUUCUCCAACGUGGCGAUUCUUCUACUGUGUCCUUGUAUCCGUUGUUCUCCUAAUUGUCUCGCUUCUCGGAGCUGGGCUCUUCGCGAAAACUGCUCUUCUCACUUUUCUCACAAUUUCGAUUUGCUAUUCAACUUGGAUAUUAUCGAUUGUUUUCAACGGUCCAAUGGACGUGCCAAUUCCAAAAGUGAAUACUCCUGCGUAUCGAGUACUCAACAAUGCUUCUGAUCCAUCUCAAGGAACCCACGAGGAUUUUAAUCAGACUCUCACAGCAAGAUAUACCGGAUUAAGUUUUCACACCCUUGCGGAAAACUUCUUCACCAACUAUACUAUGGAUUACACGACGGAGAAACCAACCGACUUCGCAUUGAUGUUCGCCAUCAUUUUUUCAGGAGUUACAGGACUAAUGGCUGGUGCAAACAUGUCCGGUGAGCUGGCUCGUCCUUCGGUUUCAAUUCCACGUGGUACCGUCCAAGCCGUCUUCAUGACACUUUUUGUAUAUAUCAUGACUGCGUUUUUGAUGGCGUCGACAUCUAGCAGAUAUCUUCUUCAAAAUGAUUACACGGUGAUGAUGGACACGAACUUCAACAGAAUAUUUAUCUUGAUUGGAAUCUUUUCAACCACACUCUUCUCUUCUAUGAGCAAUUUGAUUGGUUCUUCUCGUGUUCUCAAUCGUCUUUCUCAUGACAAGCUUUUCGGAUGUCUUCUGAGACCGGCAAAGAUUGAAAUUGGAGAUCGAAAUCCGGUGGUUUCGGUUGUGAUCACAUGGAUUUGCGUAGUUCUUGUCUUCUUAAUUGGUGCAAUGAACAAAAUCGCCAAGCUCACCUCGAUUUUCUUCCUCCUUUCUUAUAUGGGAGUAAAUGUGGCGACUUUGGCUCUUGAAUUGACAAGCGCACCGAACUUUAGGCCAACAUUCAAAUAUUUCUCAUGGCAGACGUGCGCUCUCGGCGUGAUUGCAACCGGAACAAUGAUGUUGGUUGUUGAUGCUUCAAUGAGUGCCCUAGGAGUCGUCGUGCUCCUUUCAUUGAUCAUGGUUCUUCAUUAUCAAGCUCCAAGUGUUUCUUCUGGUUCAAUUUCUCAAGCUCUAAUCUACCAUCAAGUCAGAAAAUAUUUGCUUCUUCUUGAUGUGCGAAAGGAGCAUGUGAAAUAUUGGCGACCGCAGAUCUUGCUACUUGUAUCGCGUCCAGCUUCUGCUUGUUCCUUGCUAGACUUUGUCAAUGAUCUCAAAAAGUCUGGCUUAUACGUGAUUGGGCAUGUUCGCAAAGGAGAUUUGGACUCGAACCAAGUUGUCGAUCCCUUGCAGCAGGUUUUCCCAUAUUGGCUCUCGUUGGUGGAUUAUCUCAAACUUAAGGCGUUCGUUGAGUUGACGCUUUCAAAUAACAUUCGGCAUGGAAUUCAACAGCUGAUGCGGUUGUCGGGUCUUGGUGCGAUGAAGCCAAACACCGUUGUGAUCGGAUUCCACGAGAAGCAACCGUCAAGCGUGACACUGAAAGAAUCGCAACUUCUCAAAGAUUUGCGUUAUUCGAAAAUCGAUCGAGCCGCUGUCGUCGAAUAUUUCACCGCCGGCGAUUAUAUGCCGCGAGAAUUGGAUGGAAAUCUUGAGCGAUUAUCCACAGAAGAUUAUGUGCAUGUGCUUAAGGAUGUCAUACACAUGACGAAGAACUUGUGCCUAGCACGACAUUUCUCGAAACUUGAUAAAGAGGCAUUGCAAAGGGGUUGGAAUGGUCAGAAGCGGUAUAUCGAUGUGUGGCCAGUAGAUCUGCAAAAGCCUGUCGAAACUGGACUAGGAUGGGAUAACAGCUCAUUGUUCCUUCUUCAACUCGCAUGCAUCCUUUCAAUGUCUUCCAGAUGGAGAUCCUAUACCAAAUUGCGUGUAUUCAUCUGCGUCAAUAGCCUUCAAGACAUGCAUCGACGCGAACGACAAUUGAAGAAUAUGCUUGACACUCUUCGCAUCCAAGCGCAAUCGAUAGUUGUUCCUUGGGACCAUGUUGUUUGCCAUUAUCAAGCGCCUUCGUCAUCUGCUGUUGGUGCAACCGCUACGACACCGUCUGUUGAUUUACCUGAAAGCUACGUCACCGCGUUCAAUGAUAUGAUAAAGAGAUAUUCUGAAGAGGCCGCAAUCACUUUAUUGAAUUUGCCGCUUCCUCCGGAAGAUGUGGAAAACGAUGGCGAAAGGUAUCUUGAGGUUAUAAGAAAGAUCACGGAUGCACUUCCACCAACUUUACUCGUUCAUGGUGUCUCUUCUGUCAUUUCUACGGCUCUUUAA